AUGAGCGACUCAAAACUCCCGGCUGAUGGGAUCUCUCAGUAUACAAGAGAUAAGGCAAGUCGUACAAGAAUUGCGAUUGAGAGCUUCUAUGCACAAUGUGUCACUCAAGCAGUUGAACGAGAGAAAAGAGCCACAAAGUUGGAAGAAGACAUGUCAGUGAAAGGACUUAAUGAAGAACAGAAAGAAGAUCAACGAAAUGCUUUGAAGACAAAAGAAAGCGACUUCUUGAGAUUAAAGAGAACUCGUUUGCAAGUCUCUGAUUUUGAUUCGCUGAAGAUCAUUGGAAGAGGGGCUUUUGGAGAGGUUCGCUUGGUUCAAAAGGUCGACACUGGGCACAUCUAUGCAAUGAAGAUAUUGAGAAAAUCAGAGAUGCUAGAAAAGGAACAGACAGCUCACGUUCGAGCCGAAAGGGAUAUUCUAUCAGAAGCCGAUUGUGAAUGGGUUGUCAAAAUGUACUACUCGUUUCAAGACUACGCAAAUCUGUAUCUCGUUAUGGAGUUUUUACCAGGAGGUGACAUGAUGACUCUACUGAUCAAAAAGGACACCUUGUCAGAAGAAGCAACUCAAUUUUACAUUGCUGAGGCGGCGUUGGCUAUUCAAUUCAUUCACAAUCUCAGCUUCAUCCAUCGUGACAUCAAACCUGAUAAUUUGUUGUUGGAUGCCAGGGGUCACAUCAAACUCUCGGACUUUGGCCUUUGCACGGGAUUGAAAAAGAUUCACCGAACCGAGCAUUACAGGAACUGGCCCAGUCAACUGCCAGCUGAUUUCGUACAAAAACCCUUCGAAUCAAAACGCAAAGCAGAAACAUGGAAAAAGAAUCGACGAGCUUUUGCCUAUUCCACCGUUGGCACUCCCGAUUACAUUGCUCCAGAGGUCUUUCAACCAAACGGCUACACGAAGAGCUGUGACUGGUGGAGUCUUGGAGUGAUUAUGUACGAGAUGUUGAUUGGUUAUCCGCCGUUUUGCUCGGAAACACCACAAGAAACUUACCGAAAAGUGGUCAAUUGGCAGCAGACUCUUGUUUUCCCGCCCGAAAUGCCGAUCUCGGUUGAAGCUAGAGCGACAAUCAAAAGAUUCUGCUCUGAAUCGGAGCGACGAAUGGGACACAACAAUGGAAUCGAUGAGAUCAAAGCAUGUCCGUUCUUCAAGCGCAUUGAUUGGAAUCAUAUCAGAGAAAAGCCGGCUCCCAUUAGAGUAGAAGUGAAAUCGAUUGAUGACACGUCGAACUUUGACGAGUUCCCAGAUGCCGAUCUGUCACUACCUCUUCCCACCCAGCGUCCCCCAGACGCUGAGCUUCCCGGUAGACGAGGCGAAUUCGUCGAUUUCACCUACAAACGAUUCGAUGGUCUCACGCAAAGAAUGCGAUUUGAAGGAAAUGAUCCGAUUCCGCGCUCUAAUCUCUCUGAUGGAAGUCGCCGU